AUGUCGGACACGGCCAGUGCUAAGGUCCAGCAACCAGCGGAUUUUACAAGCUCAGAGCAGCAGGUCAAGGCAGGCAGCCCAAAUGACUUCUUGAAGAGUGUCAUUGGCAAGAAGGUGAUUGUGCGCUUGAACUCAGGUAUUGAUUAUCAUGGAACGCUUUCAUGCCUGGAUGGAUACAUGAAUAUUGCCAUGGAAGACACCGAAGAGUUUGUAGACGGCGCUCUGAAAAGCGCCUAUGGCGACGCUUUUAUUCGUGGUAACAAUGUGCUGUAUAUUACUUCCCUUGAUGCAUAG